ACUUGACGGCUUUCAAGUGGAAACGCGGCCUAUAUUGUCCACAGUAUAUAUUAAUUAAACUUUGAAUUAGAAACUUGGAAAGAAAACGCACCCUAAUCGUAACGUCAAAGCAAAACAAGAGAAAACAGCAUACAUUAUGCCCCAAUAGACUUUCCAAAUAUGCGAUUAUUUUUUUUACAAUAAAUACAGAAUCUGUCAUAAAUUACGUUAGCUUCAGUGCAACAAUGAAAGAUGGGGCCACAAAGCACUUUUUAAAAGCGCGUAGAUCCUUCAUAUAUGGUUUACUAUAGUAAUAGUUAGGGCUAGGGUAAGGGUUAGGGACACAAUAGUGAAUCAUAUAUUAAUGACUACCUAAAAGCGCUUGGAUACCGCUGACUUGGUAUUUGAUAUAUUCUACAAGGGUUCAAUGGGGUUAAGCAUAUCUCAUUUUCAUUUUUAUUGUUAUUAUUUUUACACAGUUUUACAAAGAAACUAAAGAAUUGAGGACUACCACAUUAUGCCUGCAAUCAAUUCAUCGCCUCUCGGUCUUCUGUUACAAAUCAGUAUUCUAUGCGCAUGUCUGUUAGCAUGCGAGCCUUGUCAGUCAAGCGAUGGUAUCCCUGGUUACCGUCUGAAAGGAUACGUCAUAGGCUCUAUUCCGGGGAUCAGCGUGGAGAAAUGUAUCAUAAAAUGCACGAAACACAGCUCAUGUUACAGCAUCAAUCAUCACCAGAGGGACCACCUAUGCGAGUUGAACAACAAGACGAGGGUCUGGGUCAAUACGGUUGACCUCACGGGGCGCUACGACUGGUUUUACAUAGAGAUACUGGGAAAAAAGUACGAUCCGUGUUUGGUGGAUAACCCGUGUGAGAAUGGGGCCACAUGUUCGUCUGUGUUGAGCACUGGAAGUCUUCGUUGUAACUGCGCAAACGGCUUCUUUGGAGAAACUUGUGCUGAUUUACCACCUCUCACUUCAGAGGGAAAUUUCAGUUGCAUUAGCGAGACGGUAACAAUGGGUAACAACAAAUUCAUGGACUUCUGGACCGCGAGUAUCCUGUCACCGACGAAUCUUCUUCUGACGAGCUGUGAUGCUGACCUGCUCGCGAAUGUAUCAGAGCUUUUCGUGUUCGUCAGCCGCGCUUUACUCAAUGACUAUGGGAAAUACGACAUCGUCAGAAUUAGAGAAGCGAGUGGCUGUAAUUUGACACUGUAUUUCCCAAUCAAGUUCUCGGUGUCGGGGAACCCCUGCGAGAUUAUUGCUCAGCGUUUGACAAAGUUUGAUCACAUGACUCUGACACAGUCCUGCACUGUCACGGGCCGGGCGCGGACAGCAACAGGGAGCGGUAUCCUAGCCCUCAGGACUAAUACCCUGACUAUUGACAGCACUUCCAAGAUAACCAUGGACGGAAAAGGCUAUAAAGGCGGUCAAGGAGGAACCUCUAGUGGUGGUGGGGGGUACGGAGGGGAGACCUACGCCUGUCUUUCAAGUACCUACGGCAAGGGCGGAGACCGCAACCAGCCUGGAAAUGCUGGAGGAGGGGCUGGGGAAGGAUCAACUGGUGGCCCCGGCGGCAUCAACGCAGGUGGCGGGGGAGGAGACUCAACAACGGAUUUGGAUGACGGUGCCGGUGGGGGAGGGGGAGGGGGCCACUUCUCAGGGGGGGCUGGUGGUGCCGCGGCUACAGGCUGUACAAAUCAGUAUGGUGGCAGCGGUGGGAUCGCCUCAAGCACGAUCGGAGCUUGUGCAGGAGGCGGCGGUAGCUCCAACUGCCCGGCGGGCAACGGUGGCAAUAGCUGUCAGCGGGGAGGACAAUCCGGGGGCGCAGCAGGGACUGCAUCAAUGGGAGGAGGUGGAGGUGGAUCGCAGGGUAUUAAUUAUGGAGGUGGUGGCGGUGGAGGAGGAUUGCAAUUUGGUAACCAGGACUACACUUCUCGUCUAAGCUACGGUGGUGGAGGAGGAGGCGGUGGUGGAAGUGCGUUUGGUAUCGAGGGUGGACGAGGAGGACACGGCGGGGGACUGGUACUACUUCUAAUAAAGACGCUCACACUCGAGGGCAACAUUAGGGCGAAAGGAGAGCCAGGGGUGUGCCCGUCCACAAUCGCUAGACAUCGUGCAGCCCCGGGGGGGUCUGGGUCGGGUGGUAAUGUCCUGAUCUAUGCAGAUGAGCUGACAACAAGUGUAAGCGGUCGUAUUUUAGUUGAGGGUGAAGUACCGCGGAGAUGUACAACAGGCGACACUGAAGGGUGUGAAGAGCGAACAGAGCAAGUAGGUAGUUCUGGGGAGAUGCCUCCCAAACGGAAGAUAAGAGCCUCACGUGACGAAAGUAAAAGCAAAAAGAUUAAAGAGGACUGUACCAUGAGCCUGAAGAACUAUACAAUUAGUGAUGACAUGAGCAAGCCAUUUUCACUGCGCAGAUGUCGGUCAUGGUUUCAGCAUUAUGCAGGAAAAGAUGACCCAGAGACAAUUGGUCCAGAAGGGAUUGAGAAACUCUGUCAGGAUCUUGAUGUGGACCCUGAAAAUAUCGUGAUGCUGGUUCUAGCAUGGAAACUGCAAGCUGAGACUUUGGGUUUUUUCAAAUUCACAGAAUGGGUCAAGGGAAUGGGAAUCUUAGAGUGUGAUUCAACACCCAAACUGCAAGCCAGAUUAGCAAGUCUCAAAUCUUUAGUCCGUGACAGCGUAACUUUCAAAACAAUAUUUCGCUAUGCCUUUGAUUUUUGUAGGAACCCUGACAAGCGUACUGUUGACAUUGAUACGUCAAUGGCAAUGAUGAAAGUGCUACUAGAUAACAGGUGGUCACUCCUGGACCAUUUUCUAGCUUUUUUACAGCAAUCCAAGUACAAGGUGAUAAACAGAGACCAGUGGUGUAAUGUUCUCGAGUUCAGUCGUACGAUAGAAGUGGAUCUUUCCAACUAUGACGAGGACGGUGCAUGGCCCGUUCUCAUGGACGAGUUCGUCGAGUGGUACAGGACGAACCACACAAGUCCACAGACACAGAUAUGAUCUUUGGUAAACAUGGACAAGGAUGCAGAUGAGAUAUUUAUUGGCCAAAUCGUGUUAUCUGCUAUUAUUUGGUAUAACAAGGGGUCCCAGACACGUGGGCAUCCUGUGGUCUUAUAGGGUCUUUCUAACGAACAUGUGUGCAGGACACGCCAAGGAAACUUACAUGAUGCUGACUAUACCCAUGAACCCUUGCGAAACGCUUCAACAGGAACCUUUAUCUAAUGCAGCAGCUGAAAGGACCUGGGCCGAGAUGGCUUUCUGAUUUUAACGCGCAGUGACUGUUUGUGUUGAUCUAUUAAAAUUUGUAAUAAAUUUGUACAGAAAUAUACCACAAAUAAUAAAGGCUCUGAUUCGUAA